UUCACUGCUCCCGGAAGGCGGGGCGGGGAAGGCAAGGACACUGCGCACGCGCGGCGCAGGCGCAGUGGGGCCGGCGCUGUGGCUGGCUGCUGGUGUGGAGUCGCGGUGGUGAGGCGGAGGAGCAGGCAGACGCUGGAAGAAGAUUCUGCAGACCAGGGAAGGUACUGCCUAUUUUGCUAUCAGAGUAAUUAAUUGAUUUUCAAAAUGCCUGCAGCCCCUCAAGCACCUUCCAGAGGAUCCAUUCGCAAGACCAGACCUCUGGUUGUAAAGACGUCCUUGAACAACCCCUAUGCUGUCUGUUGGAGCACACUGGAGAGGGAGGACAUGCACUUCAUUUUACAGACAAUUGAGCAGAAGUUUAAAUCUAUUGGACUUCAGAAAAUCGAGGACAAGAAAAAAAGGAAAAAAACGCCUUUUAUAAAAAAGCACAAGGUAGAAAGAUGCAGCCUAGGUGUUGAUACUAGUGAGGAUCUGAAGAAUAGGCCAGAAGCUAACCAGCAGGUGUCAGGGUGGACGCCUGUGCAGAUCAGGAAGCAGCUUGCCAUAGGUGUUAAUGAAGUCACCAGAGCUCUGGAAAGGAGUGAACUGCUCUUGGUUCUGGUAUGUAAGUCAGUCAAGCCUGCCAUCAUCACCUCACACUUGAUUCAGUUAAGUAUAAGCAGAGUUGUUCCUGCCUGUCAGGUUCCCUGCCUCAGUGCGACACUAGCCCCUGUCAUUGGCUUAAAAUGUGUGCUAGCAUUGGGAUUCAAAAAAGACACCACUGACUUUGUAGAUGAAGUAAGAGCUAUCAUUCCCAGAGUGCCCAGUUUAACUGUGCCAUGGCUUCAGGACAGAAUUGAAAAUAUUGGAGACAAUUUAGAAACUGAAUCUUUGGGAAUCCAAGACAAAGAGACUUUGGAAACUUCAUUUGAAGACCUCUCAAAGCACAAGAGAAAACUUGAAGGUCAGCAGGUCUCUGUAGCAUUACAGCCUCUUAAAAUAAAGAAAUUGAUUCCCAACCCUAAUAAGAUAAGGAAACCACCCAAAAGUAAAAAAAAUACUUCGAAGUAAUCUUGUAUAAACUUUUCAUGCAAUUGAUAAAAGGACACCUUGUAUAAAGAAGGCUUGAAACAAAUAAAAUGAAAUAUAUUUAUGUA